UUAAUAAAACACUUCAGACUAAGACAUUUCCACCAUGCCCGCACAUGCAAAUAUCCCUGUAUUUAUGUAGAGUGUCCUUGCACAUUCACAACCUGGAAGAAACUUUUGACUCACAUAUAUCGAGAACACAGAAAGCUAGAAACAGCAGUUGCUCAGUCAACUACAUUCAAAUGUCAGACGUGUGGUUGUGAAGAACUUUCAACUGAGAAAGAUUACUUUAGUCAUACUUAUCAACAUCUUAGACAGUAUGAAAAUGUAACUUGUAUGUUUGAGGGAUGUGCAUUUCAGACACAUGUAUAUGGUACUUUUAAGUCACAUAAAAAUCGUAAACAUAAUCCCCACAGUCUAUCAGAUUUUAAGGCAGGUGUAGUUAAGGUCACUGUUCAGUCUGCUAGUCCUGAUGAUAGGCCCACAUCUUCUGCAAACAUAGAUGAUAGUCAGUCCGAUGCAGAUACUGAUAUUGAUUAUUCAGAGGACCUUCCUGAAGUAGUAGAAAAAAAACUUGCCUCUGUUCUAUUGAAAUUAGAGAACAUUUUUCAUGUUCCAUCUAUAGCAGUAGAUGACUUGGUUGAAGAGCUACACUACCUGCUGAGUACAGUGUCUGUGCCGAUAACUAGGAGCAGGCUCUCAGAUUUUUUCAAAAACAAAGACAUUGAGGUUGAUGGUGUUGUUGUUAAUGAAUUAGCUGAUUUACUAUGUAAAUCGAAUCCUUUGGUUAAUGCACUGGGGAAAGGUGGUGCACUUUCUACAGCGUAUAAGAGAAAAGAAUACUUAAAAAAAGUGUUUAAUGUUGUGGAGCCUGUAGAGUUUGUUCUAGAUCAAAAAAAUUGCAGGUCCUUUCAAUAUAUCCCAUUACUGCGAUCGUUGCAGCAGAUACUUGAUUCUACUGAAGUGUUGAAUAGAGUUAUUGAUACCCACAGAACACAGAGCAGUAACACUGACCAGCCUGAAAACCAGCAGUAUCGCUCCAUAAGAGAUGGUGUGUACUUCAAGGAAAACCUGUUCCUCUCAAGUGAUGAUUUAAAACUUUGUUUAACCUUAUACAUUGAUGACUUUGAAUUGUGUAAUCCUUUGGGCACGUCACGAAAGAAGCACAAGUUGUGUAGUGUAUAUUGGAUUCUGAAUAACUUGGCACCAGGCUCUCACUCAGCACUCACCUCAAUUUAUUUGGCAGUUUUGUGUAAGAGUGACGAUGUAAAGGCAUAUGGAUAUGAAAAAAUUUUGGAGCCACUUUUACAUGAUCUUGUUACACUAGAAGAGCAUGGUGUGUUCAUUCCAAAGCUUGGAUCUUUUGUCAAAGGAACAGUGCAUAGUGUAAUUGCUGAUAAUUUGGGCGCCCACGGUUUGGCUGGUUUCAUAGAGAGCUUUUCUGGGCAAUAUAUUUGCCGAUUUUGUACUGCUCAGAAAGUAGAAAUACAGUCAAAGGAUGUUCAUUCAGGUGCUUUUUGUCUACGAACCAAAGAAAUACAUGAAGCACAUCUGAAGAUUGCACAGGAUACUCAAAAGAAUUGCUUUGGAGUGAAGAGAGCUUGCCCUUUAACUGAACAUCUUCAACAUUUUCACGUCGGCACAGGCUACCCCCCAGAUAUAGUACACGAUUUGUUUGAGGGCAUUGUCCCAUUUGAACUAGCACUGUGUUUGAGCAUUCUGAUCUCGAAGAAGUUCUUCAGUUUGGAUUCUCUUAACACGCGUAUACUCAAAUUUCCUUAUAAGUGGAGUGACAAAAAAAAUCGGCCUCACAUCAUACCACUUGCCUAUUCCAGUAGGAAAACGAUAGGUGGCAACUCCCAUGAAAAUUGGUGCCUCAUACGUUUCCUUCCAUUUCUCAUAGGGGACCUUAUACCAGAGGGUGAGCUGGCUUGGCAAGUGAUACUAGACCUGAAGGAAAUCGUAGAGUUGGUUGUGGCACCUGUUCACACGCACGAGACCAUUGCGUACCUUGAUGUCAAAGUGUCUGAGCACAGACACAGGUUGCUUGAGCUUAUCCCAGGUGUGACGCUGAAACCUAAACACCAUUAUAUCGAGCAUUACCCACACUUGAUCAGGUGCUUUGGGCCUCUUGUGGGUGUAUGGACUAUAAGGUUUGAGGCCAAACACAGUUUUUUUAAACAAGUAGCUCGACACACAAAUAAUUUCAGGAAUAUUGCACUUACUCUGGCAAGCAAACACCAGCAAUUGAUCAGUUAUCACUUGCAUUCAUCCAGUCUCAGUGCAUCAAAUGUGGAAGUUACAAAUGUCUCCAUAGUCCCAGUUGAUGUUUUGAAUGAGGAGGUUGUAUUGGCUCUCAGACUGAAGUAUCCAGACAUCAGUCAAGUGAAUCUCACAAAGAAUGUCACCACUAAAGGGAUCAAUUACAGAAAUGGGAUGUUUUUGGCAUGUGGGUCAACGGCUGGAAUGCCUGAAUUUGCAGAGAUCAUACAAAUAUGUAUAGUGAGAGAUGAGUUGAGCUUCAUAGUUCGUUUAUACUUUGCUUGGUAUCAGCACCAUUUUGGGGCGUUCCAGUUGACAUUGUCACCAGGAAGAGAGGUUGCCCUUGUUCAGCUUGAGGAGCUUACGGAUUACUGUCCACUUGUGGCCUACACAGUCGGAUCCAGACGUAUGGUGACCCUGAAGAGACACAUCGUCAUUACAGAUUAGCAAAGCAGGAUGGCAGCACGAGUAACCUUCAGAGUCCUCUUUGGAGGUGAAGAGGAUGCAAGAAAACUCUCCAUUGAAUCCGGAAUACCAAGAACUGUGGAGGACUUGGCUCUUAAAAUCAAGACUUUCUUUGAAGUGACUGAGAAGUUCAGACUUCAGUACAAAGACAAAGACAUGGAUAAUCAGUUCAUGAAUCUCUUGUCAACAUCAGAACUUGAAGAUAAAGGGACUUUGAAAGUGGUGUACAUGCUUUGUGAGACAACCAGGUCCGCUCCACUCACGGAAGAUGCCUGCUGCACAAUCCCAGGUACUCCUUCCAAAGCCAGCUCUUCAUCACAAGAACCAAAUGAUUCAGACUCCCACUCCAGCAAUGAUACCAUCAUCUUGUCAUCGCCUGAGACCCGGUCCUGCCCCUGGCCUAGACCCU